AUGGCGGUUGUUCUUUCUUCAGAGGACAACGACCUCUUCUCGUCGUCCUUGAAACGAUCGCACUCGCAUUCCGCCUUCGUCUCGAAUCACUCGCAUAACUUCCGCACCUCGGCUUCGACGUCCCGAAUAAGCGACCUUUUCCACGAAAACUACCACCAUCAGUCAGUCGAUGUCGCCUCCGAUUCCAGUCCCUCUUCCGCUCAUUCGUCUCCUCGCACACUCCACGCCGAUUCGUUCGAUCCAUCCUACUCCUCUACUCCCGCCACCAAUUUGUCGUUAGACGGACAAUGCGAGGAUGACACCCGCAUAUACCCCGACGAUCCGCUUCUUCUACUAGGAGACGACCACAGCCCGUACUUCGUGCCUCUGGAUGGCUUGAAUCCUCCGAUCAGUCCUCCAACAGGCGGAUCCGCCAUGAAUUCGCCAUCCGAUCACGAUACACCUACCACGGCCUCGCAUGCAGAGUCUCCCGGUACCGCCGAGCAUGCUGAAGACGAUACAGCCAUUAGGCAUCAUCCUACCCAACACGUCGACUACUUGUCACAUAACUGGAAGGAGGAAGAUAUCUGGUCGUCCUGGCGCUAUAUAGUAUCCAAAAGAGGGGAGAUGUCCAGUGGACUUGGACCGCGCUUGGAGAAUGCCUCAUGGAGGACAUGGAUGAAGGCCAAGAACAGAUUGCGGACAAUUUCUCCCGAAACUCUGAAUUGGUUGAAAGAUUGCGACGUCACUUGGCUGUACGGGCCUUUACAGACACGGCACGGGAAACUGUUUCCAAACGACACUGAGCAAGGCAGUUCGACAUUAUCGAGGUCUGACUCGUUUAUCCGGAAAAAGCCGAUUCUCAAGAAGAGAAGCAUGUCGGAGCUCAUGCUCCAACGGUCACUAUCUUCCUCUUCUUUACUCAAGCAGGCAACAGCUGUCGUCCAGGCCCAACAGAAGGAUGGUUCUGGUCGGAUAGCUCGCCCCGUGCUACACCGUGCCGCGACCGAUUACAUCACCUUCCCCUUCUCAUCUCGGAGAAGAAGUCGCGAGAACACAAGCCUUCUGCCUUCGACGGCAACUUCAGGCGGCGUCUCCCCUUCGGCUGAACGAAGGCAUAUCCACUUUGACGAGCAAGUCAAACAGUGCAUUGCUGUGGAUGUGAAAGGAGAUGAAGAGGACGAGGACGAGGUAGAUCACUGCCGUUGGAGAUAUGAUGAAGACAGCGACUCUGAUGACGGGGCCAUCAUGAUGAAGAAGACCAACAACAACAAGAAACCUAUCAUACUGCGAAGGAAACCCGCGACAGUUACCAACAGCGAGAGCAAGACAAUUGCAAUGCUGCCAUCGACAACUCUCAAGUACCGAGAGGACUCGCCAGCGCCGCCCGAAAGCGCAAUGAAGCACAGCACUGGUAGCUUUGGAAGUCCGGCCUUGUCGCCGUCUUCAUCACAGGAGACCCUUCGACCAUCCAAGGCCUCAGGAGCAUUCUUCGUUGGAGAGGAUGAAGGGCUUGGAGCAGACACACAAAGCACCAACUCGACGCCGAAUUCUAGCCCUGUUGAUUCGAUGCCGCAUAGUCGACCAUCAAGUCUUCAACGGUCAACAUCUACCAGUGAUCUCAUUGCAGAACCAGCCGGCAUGCGUCGAACAGAGUCUGGUAUGCUCAUGCCGUAUGAAGAGGGUGACGCUCAACCCAACGAGGGGAUCGUCGGCCGUGUGAUUGACACAGUCAACACGGCCCGAGACAUUGCCCACGUCAUCUGGAAUGUCGGUUGGAGGAGAUGA